UUGACUCUUACCAUGCCAUUAUAGGGAGUAGAGCUGCAAGCAAAAGUAACAACAAAGUGCUUCUUUGAUGUAGAAAUUGGAGGUGAGCCUGUGGGUAGAAUUGUAAUGGGCCUAUUUGGGGAAGUAGUUCCAAAAACUGUUGAGAAUUUCCGUGCCCUAUGUACAGGAGAGAGAGGUUAUGGCUAUAAGGGUUGCUCAUUUCAUCGUAUUAUUAAAGAUUUCAUGAUCCAGGGAGGUGACUUUACUGAAGGAGAUGGUACUGGAGGAAUCAGUAUCUAUGGCCCUCGUUUUGAAGAUGAGAGCUUCACCUUGAAUCACAUCGGACCUGGAGUGUUGAGCAUGGCUAAUGCAGGUCCGAAUACCAAUGGGAGCCAAUUUUUCAUUUGCACAGUUAAGACUCCAUGGUUGGAUAAACGUCAUGUUGUUUUCGGGCAUGUCAUUGAGGGAAUGGAAGUCAUGCGGAAGCUUGAAUCCCAAGAAACUAGUAAAUCAGAUGCCCCGCGGUUACCUUGCAGGAUUGUUAACUGUGGGGAGCUGCCCAUGGAUAGCUGAUUAUCAGGCUGACUCGAUGCCAACUUGGGACUAAAAUUUUCUGUUAAACAGCCUUGGUUUUUGUUUUGCUUGCCUUUCUUAUAGUGUGUUCAACUUAGACUACCAUGUGAGUGUGGAUUCAGAAUCUUUCUUUGCUUAUAAAACGCCAGGCUGAUGUUUCUUGUGC